AUCUGGAGUUAUGACCGCUGAAACUGGAACAUAUAGAAGGAUGGCUCCUGAGGUUAUUGAACACAAGCCAUAUGAUCACAAGGCUGAUGUUUUCAGUUUCGGAAUUGUACUAUGGGAACUGUUAACUGGAAAGAUUCCAUACGAGUUCUUAACCCCAUUACAAGCUGCUGUUGGAGUGGUUCAAAAGGGUCUACGUCCUACAAUUCCAAAGCACACUAACCCGAAGCUCACCGAACUGCUCGAGAGAUGCUGGCAACAAGAUCCAUCACUAAGACCCGAUUUUGCUGAAAUUAUAGAGAUUUUACAGCAAAUUGCCAAGGAGUUAGGAGAUGAAGCCGAGGAUCGACGUAAAUCUUCGGGAGGAUUUUUCUCCGUCCUUAGAAGAGGCCACCAUUAAA